AUGGCACUUACAGCAUCAGAACCUCAAAGGUUAGAAGAAGCUCUUCAGGCAAAUCUUUACCUGACUGGAGAUCAUCCAACUCACACUGAUGCAAAGGUGUUCGGAGAACUCUCUGGGACAUCUUUUGAUAAGGCCGCUUUCCCUAAUCUCUGGGCAUGGUUCCAAUUCAUUAGCCAAUUCGCCCCAGAAAUCACACAACAAUGGCCAGCCCCAGUGCAACAAGCUCCAGCCCACGUCGAAGCUGCACCAGAACAAAAAGCUGCUGAAGGUGCAGAAGAAGACGAUGUCGAUCUUUUCGCUGACGAUCCUUCUGUGGAAGAAGAAGCUAAAAAAUUAGCAGAAGAAAAAGCCAAAGGAAAGAAAGAAGAGCCAGUUGGCAGAAGCACCGUCGUUUUUGAUGUAAAACCAACCACCUCUACCGUCGAUUUGGACGCUCUCGCAGCCAGAAUUAUCAACGAAGUUCAAUUCCCAGGCCUUAAAUGGGGUGCUGAAUUUAAGAAGCAGCCAGUUGCCUUCGGAAUCUUCAAGCUCAUGGUCGGAUGCGUGAUGGAAGACACUGUUGAAACUGAAGCAAUCGUUGAGCAAAUCAUGGAAAUGACUGGCCAAAUGAAUGUGGAAGAAGAAGAUGAGGAAGGAAAUGGAACUGGAGUCUGGAAUACAGUUGAAGACAAUUUAGUUCAAAGUGUGGAUAUUGCCAACUUCCAGAAACUUUAA